CGCUGACUGCUGCUCCCGACAAAGCCGGCCUUGAGCUGAAGCCGCCCAUUCCUGGAGUGUCCAAGUGUGUGUCAGUGCUCAGAGUGAUGGGGGUCGCUGCUUAUCUCUGUCUCCUUCUGUCCUGUCUGCCAGGCGUUCGAUCCGCGGUCGUGCUGAAUCAGAAACCGACCGAGGCGGCAAAGUCCGGAGAGUCCCUCAAACUGACCUGUGUAACCAGCGGGUUCAGCCUCAGCACCUACUCCGUGAGCUGGGUGAAACAAGUCCCCGGGAAAGGGCUGGAGUGGGUGGCGGUGAUGUGGAAUGGUGGUGGCAAAGAUUACGCGCCUGCCUUCAGCGGCCGAUUCACUGUUUCCAAGGACAGCAGCAACGUCUAUCUCCAAAUGACCCGCCUGAGUCUGGCCGACACGGCCACCUAUUACUGUGCGAGGUUCACGUGGGAAAAUGAAUCAGUGUGUCUUGACUACUGGGGUGCAGGAACCUCGCUGACAGUGACUUCAGAGGAUGUGGUUUUGCCUUCAGUCCACAUCACCUCUUCCUGCAACACGGAAUCUGGACAAGAGAUCAGCAUCCUCUGUCUGGUCAAGGACUACCUGCCUGAGAUCAUCAGUCAGACAUGGUCCACCAGCAGUGGGGUCAUCAACAAUGGAAUAACAAAGUACCCACCAGUGUUGGGACAAAACAACAAGUACACAAUGAGCAGCUUGCUGCGAGUCUCUGUAGCAGAUUGGAACAGGAAAACCUACUACUGCAAGGCAGGAUCCAAGCCGGACAACAUGGUGAAAACGGAGAUCCAGAAGCUCAAGGUUACCCCACAGCUCAUCCCCCUUGUUCCAUCUCCGGAGACUCUCCACAAUCAAACAACUGCUGUCCUGGGCUGCAUGAUAUCUGGAUUCUCUCCUGACAAUAUUAAAGUUUCCUGGAAAAAAGCUGGACUUAAUCAAGCGGGCGUCGUUCUCCCGUCCACUCCGAGAACUAACGGUGGAUUUGAAACAGUUGCUUACCUGCCGUUGAAUAUGGAGGAAUGGACCAACAAACAGGAAUAUACUUGUGAAGUGACCCACGCACCUUCCGGCUUCAGCGACAAGAUCAACAUGAGAUAUCAAGAGGCAUUGGCCGUCUUCAUUCAAAAUCCUGGCAUGAAAGAGAUUUGGAUCAACAAGACCGCUACGCUGGUGUGUUCAGUGAUCUGUAGUGAUCCGAGCCAGGUCCAUCUCACCUGGAAGGUGGGAGGAAAGGGGAGAAGUGAAGGAGUUAUGACCCGUACACCGAGCCAUGAAGGCACCCAAAACCCUGUGACCAGUGAACUCCGGACCAGCGUCGAGGAGUGGACCAGCGGGGUGGAGUUUGUGUGCUUCGCCCAACAAUCUUCAUCAUCCUCACCAGUGUCAGCGCGGACCAAACAUAACAAAGUUGAGCCAAAUAAACCUGAAGUCAGACUGCUGCUUCCAGCACACGAAGAGACCAAGCAUAGCCACAAGGUCACCCUCGAGUGUGUGGUCUCUGGAUUCUACCCAGACCUCAUCAACGUCACUUGGAGUAAAGACGGUGCCCUGAUCUCCAACAACACCAGCGCUGCACCAACUGCUCUGGAGCAGGGGGGCACUUUCAGUGCCAGCCACUUCCUGACCAUGAGUACAGAGGAUUGGAAGUCAGGCUCACGUUUCAAUUGUACAGUGUAUCAUCGCGCCUCCAACACCAUCAUCACGAAGGAUGUGAAGAACAUCCAAGUAUUGGCCGUCUUCAUUCAAAAUCCUGGCAUGAAAGAGAUUUGGAUCAACAAGACCGCUACGCUGGUGUGUUCAGUGAUCUGUAGUGAUCCGAGCCAGGUCCAUCUCACCUGGAAGGUGGGAGGAAAGGAGAGAAGUGAAGGAGUUAUGACCCGUACACCGAGCCAUGAAGGCACCCAAAACCCUGUGACCAGUGAACUCCGGACCAGCGUCGAGGAGUGGACCAGCGGGGUGGAGUUUGUGUGCUUCGCCCAACAAUCUUCAUCGUCCUCACCAGUGUCAGCGCGGACCAACCAUAACAAAGUUGAGCCAAAUAAACCUGAAGUCAGACUGCUGCUUCAAACACACGAAGAGACCAAGCAUAGCCACAAGGUCACCCUCGAGUGUGUGGUCUCUGGAUUCUACCCAGACCUCAUCAACGUCGCUUGGAGUAAAGACGAUGCCCUGAUCUCCAACAACACCAGCGCUGCACCAACUGCUCUGGAGCAGGGGGGCACUUUCAGUGCCAGCCACUUCCUGACCAUGAGUACAGAGGAUUGGAAGUCAGGCUCACGUUUCAAUUGUACAGUGUAUCAUCGCGCCUCCAACACCAUCAUCACGAAGGAUGUGAAGAACAUCCAAGAUGAAUGUUCAGAUACCCGCCCCUCGGUCACUUUAAGCAAACCUUCCUUCGAAGAGAUCUGGAUCAACAAGACAGCCACCAUUCUGUGUAAGGUGGUUCACGGUGAUUUAGAGGGAUUCAGGGUCACCUGGCAAGUGAAUGAAAUGAAGAGAGAAGACGGGGUGACAACUCGUGGUGUAGAGAAGAUCGGAGGUACAGACACCAUCACCAGCGGACUGACGGUCCCCGCUGCAGAGUGGGAGAGUGGGGCUCUGUACACCUGUGUUGUGGAGGACAAGAGUUUGCCAACACCGGAGCGCAGAUCUUUGCAGAAGCUGACAGAUGGAGUUGAGGUACGUCCUCAAGUCUACCUCCUCCCCCCUUCAUUGGAUGAGGUGGAGACGGAUAAGACAGCCACCUUGACGUGCCUGGUCACCAAAUUCUCUCCUGCAGACAUCUAUGUGGCCUGGAUGGCCAACGACACCCUUCUGAAGACAGGGAUCGUGAACCAGCCCGUGACCAAGGACACCAGGAAUGGGUGGAACACCAUGACCAGUCAGUUGAAGGUUUCUCCAGAGGACUGGAACUGUGGCACCACCUUCUCCUGUGUUGUGGGACAUGGAUCCAUCACAACCAGUCUAUUCAGAAGCAUCAAUAAAUCUCACAGCAAACCCACCCUGGUCAAUGUCUCACUUGUUCUGACUGACAGCUUUAAAUCUUGUGUGUAACAUGAUUCAUUUCUCAAACACUUGUUUUGUUCAUUUCUGGAUGUAUUAACUGACCCAGAGGAUGAUGGGUUAGUUCCCUAAUACAUCAUCAAAAUGUGAACCUUUGUAAAUCAUUAAAAACAUAAUGCCACACGAGAUACAAAUGAAGCCACAGCCAUGAUUCAUCACACAUGUCUGAGCUUCUGGAUACAUUUACAGAACUAUUUCUGCCGUGCUUGAACAGAUUUUAACCCUGUAUGGGAUCACACGAGAUAUUAAAUCUAUGUAUGUGUCAAUGUAUCAAUACAAGAUCAAUAAAUGUGAUGUGAAAAAGA